CGAUCCAACUAUCUCGAUCACCAAUUUCACAUAAAACGCCUUUUAAAGUUAAGAAAGCUAUGGCUUUCUAUAAAUACACUUAAUUAGCGCGCAGUCGUGGUCCCCUGGUGUUUACCAAUUAGUUGCAAAUUUCGCUUACGAUUAUGAAGGACCAUUUAUUUUGAUCUUAAAGCUGAGUUGUCAUUACUAGUUGUCAAGAUUUCGUUUUCGUACAUGAAACGAAAUCUGCCACUCUUAACAACAAUAACACCUGCAUUACAAGCCGGUUAAAAUGGUUAACAGAGACAAUGUGCGCAAUCCACCCGCUAAUGAUUGUUAAGUGAAGAAAGCUUUACGUAAACUCAGCAUAGCUGAGCUCGUGAUGUGAAUGUUACAAGUGAAUACAGACUCUUGACCAGCCGUUUAGUUCAGGAUCCAAACCUACCUUUCCUCAGACUUUUGUCAGUUAAAAAUGUACCAUAACGGGCGACUCGGCAGUAGUAGCAGCACCUCUACAUCCUCGGGAGGAUCAUCGGAUCUGCGGGUGUCCGGUGCCGUCGAGUUGGCAGACCCCGCAAAUACUGCGCAGAUACUAGCUCAACUACAAAAUCCUGACCGAGCUCGAUUUUCCGACACCAGCUGGCAGAUCCACCGGACCUGGCGGCGCGAGGACCCGCUCCCACUGUCGCCUCCACCGCUGCGCGCCGCGGCAGCUACGUCAGCACCCGCUCCACAACUUCGCAGUGACCAGAAUGGCAUCUAUGACACCAUCACGACACGAGCCGUUAGCGCUCCUGCCACUCCCGCCGGAGCGCUAUUUGGAAGGGAUCAAACUGGCGCGCGGUCAGCGAGCUUUCCCGUCGGUGGAUCCGCGGGGCGGCUGGACCUGUGCUACGUGGCCGAGCGUAUGCUGGCGCUACACCUGCCCGACCGCGACGCGCACGCCGAAGCGCAGGCCGCGCACAUGCUCACCAACAAGCACGGCGAACAUUUCAUGGUGUUUGAGGUGAGCUGUAGCGACGGCAGCGGAGCGGGGCGAGACGCGCGUGCGGCAUUUGGGCGCGCGCGAGCGUUGGGCUGGGCGGGGACAUUAGCGCCGCCGCUGGAGCGACUAUGCGCCGCUUGCAAGCACAUCGAGAGCUGGCUGGCUGCGCAUCCGCGGAAUGUAGCUGUACUACUCGCCUGGGGUAACCGAGAACGACUGGGCGUGUUGGUAGCGGCAUAUAUGCACUAUUCUGCGAUCUGCGGCGCGCCGGAGCACGCUUUGGACCGAUACGCCAUGCGGCGCUACCUCGACGACCGCGUGCCCGUCUUCCAUCUGCCGUCCAACAAGAGGUACAUCGAUACAUUUGCUGGCCUGCUGGCGGGGCAGAUCCGCGUGAACGCGGCGCCGCUGCACCUGACCCACGUGAGCGUGGCCGGCGCGCUCGCUCCGGCCUCCGAGCCCACCAUCGCCUUCCUGAAGAUCUACGAGAACUUCGUCUGCGUUUAUACCUCGGGCUUGUACAUGGUGAGCGGCGGCGGCUGGACUGUGGGCGUGGGGCGCCUGGCGCUGCGAGGCGACGUACUUGUGCGAGCAUACCGGAGGCCGGCCCAAGCGCAACAGCGGCGCCUGGUGUUCGCGUGCCAGUUCCACACGUGCGCCGUCGCCGAUCACACGCUCUCUUUCACCAAGCAGCAGCUGGAUCACGCCGCACACGACCCAUCAUUCCCGUCCGAUGGCGCUGUGGAGCUAGUGUUCGCGCGCAGCGAGGGUGGAGGUGGUGCGACGCCGGCGCCGACCCCGGCGGCCCCGCUGCGCGCCGCACCCGAUGCUCUCGCCCGCGCCGACUCACUCGAGCACCUGCGGCCGCUCUCCACACUCACCGAUGAUGAUCCUGGUGAAAACAACGGCAGCGCAGAAGGUUCCGGGUCGGGAGGCGAGGCCGGGGAGGGGGCUGAAGCGGCGCACACCUUCGGUCCCCUCGACGGGUCCAUCUACGCCACAGUGGUGCGCGCGGGCGGCGGGCCCGCGUCCUUGCUCAGCGCGUCCAUGGACUCCGGCAUCUCGUCGGCGGGGCGGCGCGCGGCGCCCAGCCCGCCCGACGAGCUCGACGCGCUGCUCGGCGACAUGCUGCGCACCGUCAGCGCGCUGCCCGACCCGCCCGGCGCGCAGCCUGCCGCCGCGCAAUCGCACUCCGACCGUGCGCCCGACAUACCGUAUCACGCGCGCGCCGACUCGGCUCCCUUCACCUACGGAGCGCCAGGCUUGCGACCCGGCAUGCUGCGCGCUCCCAAUCGCCUGGCCAGCCCUGAGCUGGUGCGGCGGGCUCUCGGCGGCGACCGCUCCUACAGACCCAUCGAAGACGACGACGACGAACGAGUCGCUACCCCUGAACCGCCAUCGCCUCAUACACCUGUUUCUCCGCGCACCCUUCGUAAACUUACUCAUGAAGAUGUCACCACUACCACUUCAGCAGUACCACCGCCAGCCUCUCCUUUACGAAAUGGAAGGUGGUUGAACGGGGACACGGAAUGGAUCGACCGACCUCCAAGUAACGCUCGCAAGGCGAUUGAAGAAAAUGGAACGUGGCGGUCAGCAAGCACGUUGGGAUGGCACGAAAGUUCAAGGGCGAGGGAACCGCGGAGGUCAGAGAGUGCCUUGGAAGGCAGCACGGGUCUUACGUGGUUGCAGCGGCAACAGCAGAAGCUACGGGAAAGGAAAGAAGCCAGGGAGAGAGUCCAGCGGUUACCUCUGGAAUGGGAUGCCACUUCCAGGCAUGUUCGCCGCUCUGCCAGCCACCGAAUGGACGGCUACACUAGCGACACAACAGCAUUUGCCGACGACGAUGACGACUUCAGUGUUCCCUUACACGUCAACACAUUACGAACUCCACUUAGAAACGACAGUAUCAGUCCGCAAGCACCUGACAGAACCUCAUCUAGAAAAUUCAUGUUCGAAAAGAUGACGAUGCGCGAGUGGAGUGGCAGUAACACGGCCACGUCGACCGCUGCGCCUGGUCUGCUGUCACUAGCGGAGCCGCCCAGCAAUGACACUAUCAUUCGAGAGCGUACCGAAAGCUGGUCGCGGUCGGAGUCCCGCGCGGGCACACCGCUGUUCCCCACGCACCCGCGCACGCCCUAUCCACCCACGCCCACGCCCUCGCUCAGCGCGCGCCCGCCGCGCUCGCCGCCCGUCACCAGAAAAGAGCGCGAAAGCAGCCCCGAAUCGGAGUAUCGGAUCUACAAUGGCAGUUGCGGGUCGCGGCGCUCGAGCGCGGGCGGGUCGGAGCCGCAGCACGUGGCGCCCGACCGCGAGCGCUUCGCCAGGGACACCAGCCACUUCUGGUAUAAGCCCAAUAUCUCCCGGGACGACGCGGUAGCAGCGCUGCAGCAGCUCGAAGAGGGCUCGUUUAUCGUGCGCGACUCGAACUCGUUCCCGGGCGCGUUCGGGCUGGCCGUGCGCGCCGGCGGCGGCGUGCGCCACUUCCUCGUGGAGCCCGCGGCGCGCGGCGUGCGCCUGCGCGGCUGCCCCGACGAGCCCGUGUUCGGCUCGCUGUCGGCGCUCGUGUACCAGCACACCGUCACGCCGCUCGCGCUGCCCGUGCCGCUGCGGCUGCCCGACAGGGAUCCAUGGAGCGGCGGUACCGCGAACGCGGCGGCUAGAGCACUACUAGCAACGGGGGCGGCAUGCCACGUGCUGCUGCUCGGUUCCGAGAACACGGAGGCGCUCACCGGCCCCGCCGCCGUUAAGCGAGCCGUCACCAACAUUAUACUGAAGAAGGGUGGAGCGCACGUGGUACACUUCAAAGUGUUCGGCGGCGGCAUCACGCUGACCGACGCGGCGCGCAAACUAUUCUUCAGGCGGCACUAUCCCGCCGCCAACGUCUCAUACGCGGGCCUGGACCCGGACGAGCGACGGUUCGCACACGUCGACAACGGCACCAAACAUGAAAAGCGCAUUUUCGCAUUCGUGGCGCGCGCGGCGACGGGCUCGGACAACCAGUGCCACGUGUUCGCCGAGCUCGAGCCCGAGCAGCCUGCCACCGCCAUUGUCAACUUCGUCAACAAGGCAUUACUCGGAAACUCACAGAAAAAGGACAUAAUUUAACGGCCUCUAACGUCAACUGAUGAGUCUAAUCAAUACACUAAUGUAAUGUAACUCAGGACGUUUUAUGCACUAACAGUGAUCUACGAAAUCGCAGCUACUUUGUGGCAACAUAUACGGAGUGAAUAAUGUAAAUUGACCAAUAUUCGGAUGUUUCACUUCGUAAAGUUGGGAAGCAUUAGUGUCCGUGUAAACAUUGAGUAGGUAUAAUUACUACAUUUGUGAGAUGUUCCACAAAUUGGACUUGGUCACUAUGAACUUUAAUUCAUUUACUAGUAUAUAAAUGAACUCAUUUCAAAGAUUUUAUUUUUAAUACGCUUCGUAUUCACCAAGUACAAUUAACCAACCCUUUCGUUAGUUUUAAGCUAAAUUAAUAUAAAUGUUAUAUUAAUACUGUAGCAUAGAGAAGAAACUAACUAGUCUCAUAUAUUAAUUUAAUAUAUUAUAAUGUAGUAAUAUCGAGCGUGCCUAUAUAAUGUUUAAAACGUCAACAUUGUCAAUGUGUAAUUAUGAUUUAAGGGUAGAGUCCAUAAUUCGACAAAAAUGUGAUUAAAUUUUGUCAUCUGUUGCUUCUUUUGGCAUUUAAUUAAAUGUUCUAAUAUAACACAUAACAGAUUUAGGUGCAAAUAAUUGGGAUAUUAUAACGAAAAUCUUAAUGCUUAAUGGGUAUUAAUUUUUGCAUAUUAAUAUUAUGUAGAUAUAUAUUUUAAUAAUAGUUUAAAUUUGUUAUCUGUUGUUGAAUUAGGACAAUUAAUUGUAUGCGUUUUAAUGUAGACCCGAUGAUACGAUAAAAUAAAUAAUAUCAAUAAAUUAAUUUCAUUAAAUGAUAUUUGUUGUGCGCAUUCAACGGCUAUUCUGCAACGCCGGUCGUGAGAAAGCUGUAGUAUAGAACUUUCAGAAACUUUCAAAAAUUAGAAAAUAAAUAAAUUCUAUAGAGCAAUUUAAUCGAUAUUGAAAGUCUUUUAUAGUCUGUGGCUAACUCGUGAACAAGAAAUGAAAUGAACUACAUACAUAAGAUUCCAGUAAAUCAUACAACGAAUAGGUAAUGUACAAGUACAAGGAUGUUUAAAACGACUCAAUAAUUAUGUAAUAAAUAACCUGUAAAAAUGUUAACUUAAGAUAAAUAGGUACAUACAUUUUAAAUAUUACCGCUUGAGAAUUCCAAAAUAAAAAAAUAAUAUUUAUUUGCCCAAGAAAGUUACAAUAACUGCACUAAUCAUUCAUAUAACCCCUGAAGUAAUUGGUACAAAUUAUUUAAUAAUUUGUCUAUAAUAUGACUACCAACUAAACAAACAUAGUCGCAAUUCGUCUUUAGUAGUUGCCUAGUACAACGAUAGCAAUAAACAAUGGGUUUACGAUCUUUAGUUGACAUAUUACAUAUUAAUUUAUUAUUAAAGAGUACUAUUGUAUAAAACCCGUAAUCAAUAUUUGACGCCAUAGAUAUGCCUUAUAAGAGUACACCAGUGAUCUAAAUAAGAAUUUUGUUUUAAUUCUUUAAUGAUAUCCAGUUAAGAUAUUAAUGUUAAAUGUAACACGUUUACUGUAAUAAAUAACUGUUGUAAAAUGUAUUUAUUGGUUAUAAUACAUUAUUUGAAAUAACCCGCCGUUUAUUUUUACCUAAGAAAUAACUACAAUAUUGGUGGUAAACUCUAAUUGAUGACCAAUUAAAUAUUAUACAACUUCCAAAUCUUCAACAUGAAAUAUCGUACCAGCCAUUGAUAUUUCAUAUCAGAUUUAAUCAUUUAUUGACAUCGUAAUCGACAUACCAGUAUUCAACUAUAAAGAUCUAUCUGUGCCUGUAUUUGUACAUGACUCGUCGUCGUCGUCGGAUGGGUCAUUCGUCCGAGCGGCCAUAUCGUAGGAACCCGUAGUCGUCGAAUAAGACGCCGCCGCGCUCGGAGCGCACGGCGUACUCUCGGUACAGCCUCGGUCUAAACUCCUCCUCUUCAUCCAUUUCGUGGUCGCGUCUAAGUUUGCCGUCGCAGCACAUCGACAUCGUCGCCAGACCUACGCUCAACGCCAGCGCUACCAACGUCGCGAGCCGCAUUUUAAUUGUCUAGAAGUUCAGGAAAUCUGUGUUAUUUACUGUAUAUCUACUGUCAACACACGAGUCACAAGCAGUAGGCAAGGACACGAGGAGUCACAAUAACCUUCAAAAUCAAGCACAGCCGGCAACGGUUUUACAAACGGCUGUACCUGUGCAGAGCACUAUACUAUAGCCUCGUACGAGUAUAGUCACCAUCAGAAAUAUCGCAGCGCCUGAAGUGUUCAAAAAUAUCUGAAAACGCACUUUAGCGCCUUGAUUAUAGAGGCGAUAAAUAUCUGAAAUUAGAGAGCACGUUAAGAGAAUAGUAGAUGACUGCUUCUCCAUUCAAACGUAGUCCCCAUUUUCCUUCCUGGAUAUUGACAUUAUAGAAAAUAUUUCUACACAAUUCACGGUAUAUUGACCAUAGCUGUGGUAUUAUUAUGUAUAUAAGCCAGGAGCGAAAAACAAAUUCCAUAUGUUGAAAUGCUUCUAACUCUUAUAAUAAUUAAAAAAUCUAAAAAAUCAAACGAAGGGAUAUAGCAAUCAUUAAAAUACAUACAACAAAUCGCGUAAAAAUAUUUUCUACAGUGCUAAUACCCAGACAGGAAAAUGGGGACUACGUUUGUAUGGAGAAGCGGUCGUCCCCUGUCGUCUUAACCGCUACGAUAUAUGUCAUGGCGAUUGUACUUCACGUUAUUCUAAAAGACAUAUCAAUGACUUAUGCAUAUACAUACAUGCACCUAUACACUGGUGCCGUUCAAUUUUAAUACAAACUUUUAGCAUAAUUUCAUUUAACUACUAUUGAAACUCAUAAUAAAUAUUAUGUAUAAAAAAAAAACACAUAAAGUUGUUAGUCAUACUAAUUAAAUAACAGAAUGCUGUAUAAUCAUAAAAACAUUUUUCAUAAUAAUCCUUAGGAAUAAUUUUACUUGUUAUAGCAUACAUUUCGUAUUAUAAUAAGGUUGUAGUACAACAUUUUAACGAAUGAUCACGUGACAUAAUGUUCUAUGAUAAACUUGAUGUCAAUCAAACUAUUAAAUUGAAGACGUGAGUGGAUGAACGUGCUAUGGUACAGUCAGCAUCAAAAGUAGCGCAUGAAACAACGCGCCAAAAUUAUCUGAUAUUCCGAAUAACUUUUCUAAAUGUAGGUAAAUCUGUAAAAUUCUAAUCCAUAAGUAUAUAUUUUAGAGUCUAAAUCGUUCUAAAUAUAGAACCAUCACUUUUUGUUAAGCCGAAUGGUAGACACUUUUGAAGCGUUGUUUGAUCCGCUACUUUUGAUGCUGACUGUACAAAAACAUUAUUUUGGGAAAAUCGCCGUUAAAGGUUAAUCUGCUGUAAAAAAUGUUUAACAAUGGAUAAGAAGAUGCUUUUUUGUGAAAAUGUAUGAUAUAGACAAAUAAAUAUAAUCAUUAUUUUAAAAUUA